GAACACGUCAGCUGAUCUGGUCCGGUCGAGUCACCGCUGCAGUCCCGGUUCCGUCCACCGAGAGGCGCUGUGCAGAGAAGGUGGAGGCGGAAGCAGAAAGCGUCUGCUGACGUCACACCCAGCUGGCAGCAUGGCGGCGGUGGACGUGGAGGACGAGAGCCUCCUGGCCUCCAUGUUCCGGGACAGUUUUCCGGACACCUGGAGGGACAACCCGGACUUCGCGGCCUACCUGUCCGAGCUGAGCGCGUGCGGCGUGGAGGAGCUGAGCCGCGAGCCCGAGCGGCUGGCGGAGGAGCGCGCGCAGAUCCUGGAGCAGACGCGCGAGCUCGCCUUCUCCAACUAUCAGACGUUCAUCCGGACCGCGGACUGCACCGAGCUCAUCUACCGGGACUUCGGGCGCGUGGAGGCCCGGGUGUCCAGCCUGCUGGAGAAGCUGCCCCGCUUCGGAGAGCGCUGCAGGAGCUUCAUGAAGGAGGCGGAGGAGAUCGCCGCCAGCCGCCGCAUGAACAGCCUGACGCUGAACCGCCACACGGAGAUCCUGGAGGUCCUGGAGAUCCCGCAGCUCAUGGACACCUGCGUCCGGAACGCCUACUACGAGGAGGCGCUGGAGCUGGCGGCCUACGUCAAGAGGCUGGAGAGGAAGCACGCGAGCCUCCACGUCAUCCAGGGAAUCGUGCGUGAGGUGCGUCAGUCCACCCAGCUGAUGCUCUCCCAGCUGCUGCAGCAGCUGCGCAGCAACGCCCAGCUGCCCGUGUGUCUGCGCGUCAUUGGCUACCUGCGGCGGAUGGACGUGUUCACGGAGGCGGAGCUUCGGGUCAAGUUCCUGCAGGCGCGCAGCACCUGGCUGCGCUCGGUGCUCACAGCGAUCCCCGACGACGACCCGUACGUCCACGUCACCAAAACCAUCGAGGCCUGCAGGGUCCACCUGUUUGACAUCAUCACGCAGUACCGGGCCAUCUUCUCAGACGAGGAUCCACUGGCCCCGCCCCCCGCCGGCCAGACGGCGGUGAACGAGGCGGCCAUCUUCCACGGCUGGGUGGUUCAGAAGGUGGCGGAGUUCCUGGAGACGCUGGAGCGGGACCUGCAGCGAGGCGUGGGGGGCCGCCUGGACUCGCUGCUGGGGCAGUGCAUGUACUUCGGCCUGUCCUUCAGCAGGGUGGGGGCGGACUUCCGGGGGCAGCUGGCGCCCAUGUUCCAGCGGGUGGCGGCGGACACCUUCCGCUGCGCUGUACAGGAGGCGGUGGACAAGUUUCAGGAGGACAUGAACAUGUACACGCUCAUCGCACUCCCCUCUGUGCUGGGCGGGGCCAUCCCCCCCACCGCCCCCGGCGUCCAGCCCGGCACCCUGCAGCCCCCGAUGGUCCUGCUGGACUUCCCCCCCCUCGCCUGCUUCCUCAACAGCAUCCUGAGCGCCUUCAACGACCUGCGGCUCUGCUGCCCCCUCGGCCUGGCGCACGACGUCACGCUCUGUCUGCAGGACGCCGCCCACAUGGUGACCCAUCAGAUUCUGGGGUUCCACCGGGCCGAGGCGGCGGCGAUUAGCAGCAGGGAGGCGGAGCUUUUCUCUCGGUUCUGCUCGGCGUACGCGGACGACCUGCUGCCCUUCCUGAACCGCUGCCUGCAGCUGCUCUUCCCUCCGGCGCAGCUGGCGUUGGUUCUGGGUGUUCCCGCCUCCCAGCUGGUCCGCUUCGGCGGCCUUGGCUGCAUCGAUGUCGCCGCAGUUCUGCAGCCUCUGGACUUCCUGCUUUCUCAGAAGGAGGAGCCGGCGCCGCCAGGCAGCCCAGCCGAGCUGAGCUCACUCGCCAUGGAGACCCGGCUCCCAGAAUCAGAACCGACCCGGUUUGACUGUGAGCCCACAGCUGAGCUGCAGCCUGAGGAGUGAGGGUGUUGUGGUCACAUGACCUGCUCUGGUCACAGGAUGGAGACGUGUUUAAGGGACUUGUGGGUUUGGAUCUGGUUCUGGUUCUGCUCAGGAGUUUUCUGCUACUUUUCAGAUGAACCGUUUUCUUUUGAGUCUUUCUAUUCCAUGGGAAAUGUAUUUAUCCAAAACCGCUUAAUGAAAAAAAUAAAAAUGUUGAAACCUUUUCUAAAGGAAGGCUGUUGCAGCCGUUGUCACGGCAACAAAAAAAAAAGCUGAAAUAAAUUCUAUAUUAAAAUAAU